AUUUCAUAGGCUCACGUUAAGAAAAGCACCAUGGAGUUUUAUGAGUCAACAUAUUUUGUUGUCCUUAUCCCUUCAGUAGUGAUUACCGUCAUUUUCCUUUUCUUCUGGCUUUUCAUGAAAGAAACAUUAUAUGAUGAAGUUCUUGCAAAACAAAAAAGAGAACAAAAGCUGAUUUCUACAAAAACAGAUAAAAAGAAGGCAGAAAAGAAAAAGAACAAAAAGAAAGAAGUCCAGAAUGGGGCCAUUCAUGAAUCUGAUUCUGAGAAUCUACCUCGGGACUUUAAAUUAUCUGAUGCUUCGGCCAUGGAGGAGGAACAGUUUGUACCUGCUCCAUUGAAUGUGUUUGAAACUUCCAGCAGUGUUAAGGAAAGAAAGAAGAAGGAAAAGAAACAAAAGCCUUCACCUGAAGAGCAGACCAUCAAAGAAAGUGAUACAUCAAAGAUUCCAGGCAAAAAAGUGGAGCCCGUCCUAGUUACAAAGCAGCCGGCCCCACCUCCUGAAGCAGCUGCCUUGAAGAAGAAAGCAGGGCAGAAGAAGUCUAAAAAUGGCAGCGAUGACCAAGAUAAAAAGGUGGAAAUGCUGAUGGCACCUUUAAAAAAGCAAGACAUGUCACUCCUCCAUCAAGAGACUAAACAGGAAGGUGGCCUGGGAAAGAAGAAAGGUCUGUCAAAGAAGCAGAAGACAGAAAAUGUCGUGGUAGAUGAGCCCCUUAUUCAUGCAACUACUUACAUUCCUUUGAUGGAUAAUGCUAACUCAAAUCUUGUGAUGGAUAAGAGAGAAAUUAUUGAUAUGAUUAAACCUGACCAUGUAGAAGGGAUCCAUAAAUCUGGAGCUAAAAAGCUGAAGAUUGAAACUGACAAAGAAAAUGCUGAAGUGAAGUUUAAAGAUUUCCUUAUGUCCUUGAAGACUAUGAUGUUUUCUGAAGAUGAGGCUCUUUGUGUUGUAGACCUACUGAAGGAGAAGUCUGGUGUGAUAAAAGAUGCUUUAAAGAAGUCGAAUAAAGGAGAAUUGAGUGCCCUUUUGCAUCAGCUUCAGGAAAAGGAAAGGCUGCUCUCUGCUGUGAAGGAGGAGGCCACUGCCACAAAGGAGCGCUGUAAGCAGUUGACGCAGGAAAUGAUGACAGAGAAAGAAAGAAGCAGUGUAGUUAUAGCAAGGAUGAAAGAUCGGAUUGGGACACUAGAGAAGGAACAUAAUGUGUUUCAGAACAAGAUGCAUGUCAGCUACCAGGAGACGCAGCAGAUGCAGAUGAAGUUUCAGCAAGUUCGGGAACAAAUGGAAGCAGAGAUAGCUCAUUUGAAGCAGGAAAAUGGUAUACUGAGAGAUGCUGUCAGCAACACUACAAACCAGCUGGAAAGCAAGCAGACUGCAGAGCUAACUAAACUGCGCCAGGACUGUGGGAGGCUGGUGAGUGAGCUGAACGAGAAGACAGGGAAGCUGCAGCAGGAGGGAGUCCAGAAGAAGAACGCUGAGCAAGCAGCUGCACAGUUGAAGGUUCAACUACAGGAAGCGGAGAGGAGGUGGGAGGAAGUUCAGAGCUACAUCAGGAAGAGAACAGCAGAGCACGAGGCUGCGCAGCAAGACUUACAAAGUAAAUUUGUGGCCAAAGAAAAUGAAGUCCAGAGUCUGCAUAGUAAGCUCACAGACACAUUGGUAUCGAAACAGCAGUUGGAGCAAAGACUGAUGCAGUUAAUGGAGUCAGAGCAGAAGAGGGCGAGCAAAGAAGAGUCUUUGCAAAUUCAAGUUCAGGAUAUUUUGGAACAAAAUGAGGCUUUGAAAGCUCAGAUUCAACAAUUCCAUUCCCAGAUAGCUGCCCAGACCUCCGCUUCAGUUCUAGCAGAAGAAUUACAUAAAGUGAUUGCAGAAAAGGACAAGCAGCUAAAGCAGACUGAAGAUUCUUUAGCAAGUGAACACGACCACUUAGCAAACAAAGAGGAGGAGCUUAAGGAUAUACAGAAUAUGAAUUUCUUAUUAAAAGCUGAAGUGCAGAAAUUGCAGGCCCUGGCUAAUGAACAGGCUGCUGCAGUCCAUGCGGUAGAAAAGGCGCAGAAAAGUAUUCAGGUCAAGGAUGAUAAAAUAAGAUUGCUUGAAGAGCAGCUGCAGCAUGAAAUUGCAAGCAAAAUGGAAGAAUUUAAGAUUCUGAACGACCAGAACAAAGCAUUACAGCUGGAAGUUCAGAAGCUGCAGAUCGUCAUUUCUCAGCAGCCUAAUAAAGAUGUUGUGGAACAAAUGGAAAAAUGCAUUCAAGAAAAAGAUGAGAAGUUGAAGACGGUAGAAGAAUUACUUGAAACUGGACUCAUUCAGGUGGCCACCAAGGAGGAGGAGCUGAAUGCCAUAAGAACGGAAAACUCAACCCUGACGAAAGAAGUUCAAGAGCUAAAGGCCAAGCAGAGUGAUCAGGUUUCUUUUGUGUCUCUAAUUGAAGAACUUAGGAAAGCGAUCCAUGAGAAAGAUGGACAGAUCAAGUCUGUGGAAGAGCUUCUAGAAGUUGAACUUCUCAAAGUUGCUAAUAAGGAGAAAACUGUUCAGGCUUUGAAACAGGAAAUAGAGGUUCUAAAAGAAGAAAUAGGAAAUGCCCAGCUUGAAAAGGCUCACCAGUUGUCUGUCUCUUCUCAAGUUCAGGAGCUUCAGAACUUGUUAAGAGGCAAGGAAGAACAGGUGAACACCAUGAAGGCUGCUUUGGAAGCCAAGGACAAAGACCUGACGGAUAGAGGGAAGUGGAUACAGGAUCUUCAAGAAGAAAACGAAUCUCUGAAGGCUCAUGUUCACGAGGCAGCACAGCCCGAUUCUCCACAGGUAUGUUCGACAGCACGAUUUGAAGAACUUGAAAAUAUUUUAAAAGAAAAGGAAAACGAAAUUAAGAGAAUAGAAGCUAUAUUAAAAGACACAGAGAGUGAUCUUUCCAACAAAUCAAAACUGUUACAGGAGGUACAAGAUGAAAAUAAAUUAUUUAAAUCCCAAGUUGAGCAGCUUAGUCAGCAGAAUCACCCACAGGCAUCUUUUCCCUCUCAGGAAGAAUUACAAACAGUAAUUUCAGAAAAAGAAAAAGAAUUAACUAAUCUUCGCAAUGAAUUAGAUUCUUUGAAGAAUGCUGUUGAACAUCAGAGGAAGAAAAACAAUGACCUUCGGGAGAAAAACUGGGAAGCAAUGGAGGCAUUGGCAUCAACUGAAAAAAUGCUGCAGGACAAAGUGAACAAGACUUCCAAGGAAAGACAACAACAUGUGGAAGCUGUUGAGUUAGAGUCCAAAGAACUUCUCAAAAGAUUAUUUCCAAUGGUGUCUGUUCCUUCUAAUUUGACUUACACUGAAUGGUUACGUGGCUUUGAAAAGAAGGCAAAAGCAUGUGUAGCUGGAGCUUCGGAUGCAGAGACAGUCAAGGUUUUGGAACACAGAUUGAAAGAGGCUGACGAGAUGCACACACUGCUACAGCUAGAGUGUGAAAAAUACAAAGCCGUCCUUGCAGAAACAGAAGGGAUUUUACAGAAGCUGCAGCGCAGUGUGGAACAAGAAGAAAGUAAAUGGAAGAUUAAAGCUGACGAGUCACGAAGGACUAUUAAGCAGAUGCAGUCCUCCUUCACAUCCUCAGAGCAAGAGCUGGAGCGACUGAGAAGAGAGAACAAAGAUAUGGAAAAUCUGAGGCGGGAACGAGAGCACUUGGAGAUGGAGCUGGAGAAGGCAGAGAUCGAACGAUCAACUUACGUGACAGAAGUCAGAGAGCUGAAAGAUCUGUUGACUGAAUUGCAGAAAAAACUUGAUGACUCAUAUUCUGAAGCAGUAAGACAGAAUGAGGAGCUUAACUUGUUGAAGACACAAUUAAAUGAAACACUCACAAAACUUCAAAAUGAACAAAGUGAGAGAAAGAAGGUAGCUGAUGAUUUGCAUAAGGCUCAACAGUCACUGAACUUCAUCCAUUCAAGAAUUUCACUAAAAGCUGCUGGAGACUCUACUGUUAUUGAGAACAGUGCUGUUUCCUCAGAAACGGGGUCUCCUGAGAAAGAGACAAUGUCUGUGAGUCUCAAUCAGACUGUGACACAGUUACAGCAGUUGCUUCAGGAAGUAAAUCAGCAACUCAUGAAGGAGAAGUGAUUCUGGCUGCGGGAGUGAAGUAAUUGGGAAAUUACUCGUUAGAAGCUAACAGAAGGCGUUGUAUUAUAUUUUGCCAAAUUAAAGCCUUAUUUAUGUUUUACCCUUUCUACUUUGUCAGACACUGAACAGUUUUGUCUUUUCUAACCCUUGUUAGACUACUGACUUAAAAACACUUUAAAAAGCCAACUCUGUAGACACCUCCAGAGUUUAGUUUUAUAAUAAAACUGUUUGAAUAAUUAGACCUUUACAUUCCUAAAUAUAAAAUAAAUGUAAUCUUUUACCUUAUUUUGGUCAAUUAAAUUGUUCAGAAGAUCAAAGUGGUGUAGACAACGUGAAAUUUAACAUUUUAAUACUGAUGUUGUACACUGCUUUACUUAACACUUGGGAAGUAACUGCCUCUGACAUCAACUCAAGGAAACACUUUUGUUGCUAAUGUAAUCAGCAAAUAAAGGGACACUUAUUAUUCAAA